AUGGGUUUCCAAGACAAGAAAGUUGUUGUCGUCGGCGGUGGCCUAGGCGGCAUGGCAUUCAUGAAUGCAGCCCUCUACUCCGGAGUGAAGAACAUCCAAUGCUACGAGCAGGCUCAUAAAUUCGCAGAGGUCGGAGCCGGAGUUGAUAUUACGGCCAAUGCCAACCGUAUCCUCGACAAAUUCGGCCUGGAAGAGUCUCUGUUGCGCCGUUCCUCGCCUGAACUGCCUUACUACAUGCAGUACCACAAUUACAAGUCCGGCCAGUACUUGGGACACAUUGAAGAGUUCUCGAAGCCCCACGCUCGCCUGAUCCACCGAGCUCACCUACUGGAUUCACUCAAGGAGCCCGUUCCAGAGGAGCUGCUACACUUACAGAAGCGCCUGGCUUUCAUCGAUCGCAACACCAGCCCUGACGCUGCGCCGUACACUCUUCACUUUGAAGACGGUACCACUACUGAUGCUGACAUCGUGAUUGGAUGUGAUGGUAUCAAGAGUAAAGUGCGCCAUGAAUUAGGCUUUGGUGACUCGCCCAGCUACUCUGGCCAGGUCGUUUACCGUGGCUUUGUGGAAUACAAGGACCUACCAGAGGAUACCGCAAAGCUUCUACACAAUGUUGUCAACUUCCGUGGACCGAAAAAGCAUAUCCUCUGCCUCCCUAUCGGCAACCCAGCUACCCAGACUGACCGCGUGGGUGUCAUUGGAUUCAUGACCGAGUCUCUAGACACCUGGGAUUCCGAAAACUGGAUGUCUCGUUCGGACAUCUCUACCCUGCACGAACAUACUAGAGACUGGUGCCCAGCGGUACAGGAUAUCAUUGAGGGCCUCAAACUAGGCUCUGAGGAUGGCCGCAUGAUGAAACAGGCGCUCUAUGUGCGCGACCCGCUUGAUAAGUGGUUCGAGAUGAAAGACGAACAGAAGAGCGCGGGUAUUGUUCUUCUCGGUGACGCGGUUCAUUCCACCCUUCCUCACCAAGGCCAAGGUGUUUGCAUGGCUAUCGAGUCCGGUAUUGCAUUAGCUACUAUUCUUACUCACUGGAAGGACGACGACCUGAAUGCUGCCUUCCAGUUCUACCAGGAUCUGCGCAAGCCUCGCACUGACCGUGUCACGAAGACUAGCUUCGAGGCUGGCAAGCUUGCUAGCUCGGAUGACCCAAAUCAUCUGAGCGACAAGUUCAACCCAGAGGCACUGAUGGAGCGCAUGAAGUGGAUCAUGGAGUACAAUGUUCUCGAAGACUUGAAGACCAAAGGCGCCGAGUAUAUGGACUUCACCAAUUCUCGAAUUUAG